GGAGAUUCUGGACUCCGGAUACAUUGCGUGUUUCAUUCGUAACAUCGGAUGUGUCAAAGUGUCUCACACUUGUCAAGCCGCCGUUAAAAACGAAGAAGAAGAAAAUCAAACCUGGAUAUUACGAAGAGGAAAGUUUCGUCUUUUGUUUGGUCGUCAUAAGAUGUAGAUAUUGAGCAUUGAUAUCAGAAUGUCACCAGAGCUGGAAAAGUGUCCGAGAAGCUUGCUGGUGUGCGAGAAAUCCAACUUUAUGAAUGAAAAGUCUCGGCAUGACAUCCACGUGUCUAAGCACAGCUUUAAUUACAAGAUCUCAGUACUGAUACCUGAAUGUGCGGUCCUCCCUGCUAACAUUUCCGGGGUUAUCAGCAAUUUCAGCCCGUAUUACCUUGUACGGGACCUGCCGGUUUAUGAAUUACUGCAAGAAAAGUAUUAUGAAACGGUUCUACAGAAAGGAACCGUCUAUGCUGUCUCUUACAACACUAAGAUUGAUGAAGAUAAUUCAAUCGCCCUUUUGCCUAGAGGUCAGCUAGUUUUGUCGCUAAAUAAAGACGCAUAUGAACAACUUGGUCUGGAGGGAAGACCAUCACUGUACAACCACAGAAAGGCUAUGAGAUAUGUUGUUACUCUGAAUCUAAGCGACAAAACUUUGGCACCAGGCACCAAACGAUACCAAAGAGUUCUGUCAGGUUUAAAGGACAGGCUGCCACUCAGAUAUGACUUCCUGUUUACUGAAUACAACACAGGUGGAGAUGAAGAUAAGUCUCUUUACAAGCUGUUGUCCCAGUACAAACCUGUUGAGCACAAGGCGGUACUUAGCCAUCACACCUUAAAAAAUCUACCCUGCCCAACACUCUACCCAUCAGAUCUGAAAGGAACUACACUGUCAUGUGAUCCGCAUUCAUUCUUGGAGUGGCUUGGCGCUGUCAACCUGGACAUAAGCUGUGAAAAUGCUGCUGACAGUUUCCUGUCUACGUAUAUUUGUCCAGAGCCAAAGAGCUCUGUCAGCCAAGCCCUGCUGUGCACCAUUACUGGUUUUAUCUCCCCUGAGGAUGUGUAUUUGCUGCUACAAGAACUCAGGAAGUAUUUCGAUGAACCAAAGUUUACACCAUGGCUUUCACUCACUGUACAUGGAUUUAUGGACAGUCCUGUGUCAUGGGGAGCCACAGAACAUGGAUUUCUCAAAGGGGGUGAAAACUUCUACAAUUUGGUGUGUUUCAAGAAUCAGGACUAUUGGUUACAUAUGGCUACUGGUGCCCAUGAUGGCUGCCCACCAUAAUGGAUAUUUAAAAGGAGGACCCCUUUUUUUCUUAUCAUUAAGAUAAGUUUUAUUUAUUUACUUACUUUUAUUUUCUGUUGGUUAAAUACAUUGUUUUUAAUAAAAAAAUGACGUGGUUAUGAAAAUUGUAUAGUAUAUCUGUUUAUUUUGAUCAGUCAUUUUCACAGCCGUUACAUAAAAAAAACACUUCAGAUUGACAACUUGUAGCAUUUAGUAUAAUAUCAGCUAAAAGAAAUAAGCCUGGCCAUUAUUUAUACAAAAAAAAUCAAAAUUAACCAGCAUUUGAUACUAAAGGCAAACAGCAUAUUUACAGCCACUUUAAAAGUUUGGAAGGGAUGAUGAUAAAGAAAAAUGUUGCUAGUGAAGUGACAUGGACAAAUUAAGUUUAAUGUUAUAUUUAAACCAAUUCAGUUACAGUUUAUUUUUAUGUCACCCUGUAUAAAGAAUUUAAACCUGUCAAGAUUGUAACAAUGGAGAAAAAGUAUGGGCCGAGCUAAAAUUGAUACAAAGGCAAAGUUGCACUGGUAAAUUGGAGCUGAUGUUACUGGUUCUUGUCCUAUAGGGUGUAUUAACAGAUACAAGGAUGUUAAUUAUAACACAUCAGUUAAUAGCCAAAUUAACAUAAAUUACUGUCCAACAAAGUAUUUAACCCAUCAGUUAACAAUCCAAUGUACCGACCAAGAGGUUACAUAAAAAAGUUUUUGAAAUAUAUAUCAUAUAUAUAUAACCUGCGACAUUGGUUUGAAGAAAAGUCUAAUAAAAAAUCUAAACAUAAGCAUUCAAUAAUUAUAAUAAUAGGAAGAACAACAAUUCUAUUAUCAUAAAUACAAUUCCAUAAACACUUUACAUCACCAUUUGCAAGGGAAAACCCUUUAUUAUUUCCUGUUAAAGAACCACUCCAGAAAACUACACCUAUAGUCAAUAAAUACUGAAUAGAAUUAACAACAUAAUUUAAACUUUUUAUUGCUGGGGCUGAACUGAACUCUUAAGAGUUAAAAUUUGUUAAUAUGAUGGAUCGUGUUUUGCUUCGCUAGUGAAAGACCAAUUCUGAACAAGGGUUUCAGAACAAAAAAAACA